GUUGAAUACAGCCCGCCCACAGCUGUCAGCAGCCGAGGUGGGGAAUGAAAUUUCCAUAGAGGAUGAAUAGUGGCCACCGUGUGCUGGGUUAAUGCUAACGGAGGCAUGGCGGGCCGGGACGGAAGAAUCGUUGCAUUUUAAAAACAAUACAAUAAAGCCGGAGCCACACAAACACCAUUACAUUUCAUAUUUCCCAUAGCCUUUCAGCUGCAGCCGGCGGUUUUCCACAGAACUCUGCAAAAAAUGGAACCUGUCAUCAACGUUAUGCUGCCCAUACUAACAGCAGAAUAAAGUAGAGACAGGUGACUUAAGACAGUUCCUAUGUAAGGCAUAUCAACACUCCUAACAUUGUGAUGGAUUCAGAAGCCCAUGGAAAAAGGAAGAAUGACUUGGUUCUCCCAACUGCGAAGCAAGACCUUAUCCAACAUACAGUAACUAUCGGCGCUGGUAAACAUUAUGUGUGUGGCUACUGUGCUGCAUUCACAAACAUUGCAAUCACCUUCCCCAUCCAGAAGGUGCUGUUCCGGCAACAGCUUUAUGGUUUAAGAAUAAGGGAUGCUAUUAGACAGUUGGAGAAAGAUGGGAUUCAUAACCUCUACCGCGGAAUAUUGCCGCCUCUCCUGCAGAAGACUACAACCCUUGCCCUAAUGUUUGGUCUUUAUGAAGACUUCUCCAGUCUUUUGUUAAGGCAUACAAAUUCUCCAGAGAUAGUUACACGAAGCGUAGCAGCAAUCCUUGCAGGAACUACAGAAGCUCUUCUCACGCCUUUUGAGAGAGUUCAGACUUUGCUUCAGGACUACAAACACCAUGACCGAUUUACAAAUACUUUUCAGGCUUUCAAAGUGCUGCGACCCUAUGGAUUUAGGGAAUACUACCGUGGCCUCGUCCCGAUCUUGGUCCGGAAUGGACCAAGCAACGCACUUUUCUUUGGCCUCCGCACCCCAAUCAAGCAAUCUUUGCCAGAAGCUAAAACCUACAGUGCUCAUAUAAUAAAUGACUUUAUUUGUGGAGGACUGCUUGGAGCCAUGUUGGGUAUUCUCUUUUUCCCAAUUAACGUGGUGAAAGCCCGUAUGCAAUCCCAGAUCGGAGGGGAAUUUACCUCUUUUGGGAAAGUGUUCAUGACCAUUUGGACAGAACGGGAUGGGAAACUGACACACCUUUUUCGUGGUGCCCUUCUUAACUAUAACCGAUCCAUAUUAUCCUGGGGUAUCAUCAAUGCAACUUAUGAGCUGCUGUUGAAACUGUUCUGACGUAGACAUGGAGACCAUGUCACAUUUAUGUGUUUUCCUUUACGCAAGGGAUCAAAUUGCCACAAAACCAAAUGGUCUGUGCACACCACUAAAAUUGCAAUGGAACAAAACUUGUUUGAGCAGACAGUCGUCGGGUAAACACAAGUGCCUGUCUGUUCCUUUUUAUUUAUCAGUGACAGUCUUUUGCUUCCUGUGAUAUUACUAUGUACAUGCUUGAUGUUGUAUUUAACUUUAAGCCUGCACAAGAAUUGAAUUCACCUGUAGCUUACACAAGCCACAUUUUUUAAAUGUUGGAUUUUCUCUGUAAUCUCUACCUUAAAUUUAAGUGAAAUGUUGCCACUUUUAUAAAAUCUAUAGUAAAUGCC